UUUGGCUUACAUUUGUUUUUAGUUUGCAUUAAAAUUCUUAUUCUGAACAACAAAUUGCACAUAACUGCCGCAAAUGGCCUUAAACGGCUUUCUAGACUUCUUCCAGAAGGGGAAGGUAGGUACUUUCAGACCCAAAAAACGCUUUACAGCGGGUACCAUACGAUAUUCGCUGCAUAAACAAGCACAGGCGAGCUUACAAUCUGGAAUUAAUUUACGUCAAGUGGUGCGAUUGCCGGAGGGCGAGAAUAUGAACGAUUGGCUGGCGGUGCACGUUGUGGACUUUUUCAACCGCAUUAAUCUAAUUUAUGGCACUGUGGCUGAAUAUUGCAAUGAGACGACUUGUCCAACGAUGUCAGGCGGCUCGCGUUAUGAAUAUCUAUGGGCAGAUGGGGAUAUGUAUAAGAAGCCUACAGCGCUGCCAGCACAAAAAUAUAUUGAAUUGCUUAUGGACUGGAUAGAGGCGCAAAUUAACAAUGAAGCUGUGUUUCCUGUUUCCACUGAUGUUCCUUUUCCUAAAACAUUUAUCUCGCUGUGCCGCAAAAUCUUGACACGACUAUUUCGUGUAUUUGUGCACGUUUAUAUACAUCACUUUGAUAGAAUUGUUACAAUUGGCGCUGAAGCGCAUGUAAAUGCUUGCUAUAAGCAUUUCUAUUACUUUGUGCAAGAAUUCGAACUGAUAUCCAGUAAGGAAUUGGAGCCGCUGCAUGAAAUGACGUCCAGAAUCUGUAAAGAUAAAGAUUGAAGAAAUCUCAGUGCUUUUAACUCAAACUACAAUAAAUGAAAGUGAAAUCUCCAAAAGUCAUAACUAUAGGCUGCUUAUGAUUAACAUAAAUAAUGUAAUGCAAAUGUAUUGUAAAUGUGUUUAGAACAUAAGCUUUGUGAUGUACAAUUGAAUGUACACCAUUAAACCGAUGCCAAUAUAAAUCAAAAAUAAGUUUAAUUGAAAUAGUUUUUGUGUAAGAAUAAUGUAAAGUAGAUAUGAAUA